UCUUCAUAUUAUAUGUUUGUUAUUUCUUUCAGUGAGAGUUUUGUGUAUGUUUUUUGAUCGGUAAUUGUAGUUAUAAAUUGUGAUAAAUUUCUCUGAGCCCUUGGAAAUUUAUAAACAGUACUAUAUUUUCUAAACCUGGUUACUGGUUGUUUAUUUAAAACAAUUCCCGCCUAUUUGAAAAUGGAAUCGGUGCAUGAUCGUCUUAACAGACUGAGGGAAGAGCGCUUAGCUAGAGAAAAGGCUCGCAUUGAAAAGUUACGUGAGUUGAAUUUAAAGAAAUAUAAUAAAAAUGAGGCUCAAACAAUUAAAAGUAACAGCCAGACAAAUGUUGGUGCCAAUAGAUCCGUUUCAGCUCCAGCAAGAACCAAUAAUAAUCUGAAUGCUAGAAAAGCAAAUGUCAUAAGCAGCAAAGUAAGUAAUGCAAGUGGUGAUGCAAAAUUACCUAAAAAUGAGAAAACUUCAGACUCCAAACCCAAAACAACUCCCAUAAAUAAGGCUGGUAACACUAAAUCAAAAAAUGAAACUUCAGGUAGAAAUAAUGCAAAAAAUAUAGCAGAAACAAAACCUAUUGAACAAAUUAAAUCUCGUCCAAAUUAUAAACAUAAUGUCACCUCAGUUACACAUAAUGUUAAAAAUGCACCAGAGGUCAAGCCUGAUCAAAAUAAAACUUUUCCUAAUGAUAAAGUAAAAUUGAAUGUGUUUAGUAGAAGAAGUUUUGUACCAUCAAAGGGUCAGAGUGGUCAAACAAGCACUGCUGCUCUUUCUAAGCCUACUAAAGUAUCAGAAAGUAGGAAAAGUCUUGCACCAUCCAAGCAAGAUGGCGAUCCAAAGCCACGGGAGUCAGUUUUUGACAGGCUCUACAAACCCAAAGUCAUUCCAAAAAUAACUAUAGACAACAAUGCAAGUAAGUUGAAAACAGAUCCAAAUUAUUUAAAGCAAGUCAUAAGAGAUUCUAAUUUGAUAAUAAACAAAAGACAUACAGUGUUUGACAAUAAGGAAAAACUGUCAAUGCCUGUGCGCAGGUCCAUAUCUGCUGUGCACUUCAAAAGAAUAAGCAAACAGGAAUUGAGCAACUGCGUACACAAAUGGGCAUCAAUAGGAGAGAAGAUUAAUAAAGUUCAUUUAAAUGAGGUCAGCGAGGAUGAGAGUGUGAAGGAGGAAAAAGUUGUAUCUGCUGUUAAAAGCGAAAGAAAGAGGGUUAAGUUCCAAACACCUGCCUCGUCAAACUUCAACACCCCUAAACCUCAAGAGCUGCAGGAGCGACUACAGAAGUGGUUGCAGAAGCGAGGUAAAGCUCUGGAUUCCUAUCAUCACUUACAAUGUUUCGGAUUGCACCAUUUACCACGAAGUGUUGGUAGCAUAUCUAGUAAGCUCGACCUUUGCGAAGACGAAGAAAACAAGGAGAACAUUGCACUGGAGCAUGACAGCGACAAUGAAUCAUAUACGGAGAAUGUAAACAAUAAAAUGGAUGAAUUAACUGUUGAACCUAAAAUUGAUUUGGCUCUCGACAAAUGGAGGAGGGCCAGCUGUGUCAGUGACAGCAUAGGCUUUAAUGAAAGCUGUGAAACUACCUUAACUAGUGCAGAGGAGCUACACCAUGUUGAUGAGCUGCUUUUUGGUGCUUUACAUGAUCUGACAGAGUUGCUGCGUGAGGGUUUUGACUGGGAGCAGUGUGCCCGCUGGCUGCGUGCCAUCCGCGAGAGGUUCCCGGAGGCACCUGAGGGUGCCGCGUACUGGGAGUGCCGCGCCGCGCUCGAGGAGAGGCGGGGCGAUCUGUCUGCCUCCGUCCAGUGCUGGGAGAGAGCCAUCGCUAACGGCACAGAGCAAUCUGUAGUAGAAGCAAAUCUUGAUCAGCUGUUAGACAAGUUUAUGCAGUUGAAAAUCAGCCCCAGCAGUGGACGGAAUCGAGAAGUGGAUCCCAAGAUGGUUGACGUUAAAAACGUCUUCAAGAGUACCAUUAUCCGAUUCGCCGUACGACAAGCUAAGUUGCGUCAAUCUAACGGUACACCUAAGUACACGGUGACGCCGGUGCGGCGCAGCUCGCGGAUCAGCCUCAUACCGCGCGCGCACACGCCCCUCACGGAGCCCCGCCCCUCGUCACGCCCCGCCCACCGCACGCCCCUCAGCGUGUGCAAGUCCUUCCAUCAAGCUGCCGAGCUGUUUCCCGUAGAGUUCAAACCUAAUAAGGCUCUGCUUAAAACACCGUAAUUAUUGUGGUAGUCGAGGUAUUAGUAUCUUGUAUAUUUUUCCACUAAGGAAUAUACAGUACACAUCUUUGUUAUCUUCGCCCUAUAUAAUACACAGCUUAAGCUAGGUGCGGUUGCGACCUGAAAUUGUUUUCAUUGGUAGAAAAAUUCGCAAAACUUUGUUGAAAUAGAAGACUCACAUUGGAAUUAGCUACAUUUGGCAAUGUCGUGUUCAUUAGGAUGGGCAUGGCUCAAGCAGUGUAUUAGAUAAAAGACUUAUAUGGCCUCUGGGAAGUUCUGUAAAAUAUUAUUUAGGCCUUGAUAAAUUUGAUUUUCAUGUCAAAAGUCUAACUUGAAAAUGCUGUUGACAGCUUACAAUUUGUUUUGAAUAUACAACACAUAACCAAUGGCACAAACUGUUAUAAGUUGCAGUUGGACUUAUCUUGAUUAGAACUGCUAUAGCUAAGAAACUUUUAAGACACUUUAAUUUUGCAAUACUUACAUAUUAUUCUAAUUAGUUUUUAUAACGCAUGAUAUUGCAUUUAACACGUAGGCUAAGAUUUUUUCCAUUGUUCACGAAAGAAUGAGAAUCUAUAGGUGUGUUGUUGUUUUAAUCUUAGCAUUUUGCUUCAAGCAU